AUGGGAAGCAUCAAACAAAAGAAAAACAGAAAUGCGGAUCGCUUGAAUGGAUCAAAACUCAAGAAAGAUCCUGGAGUACCCAAGCUGGCGCAGUUUAAACAAAAGCAAAAAAACAAAGAAGAAGCUCAAAAGAAAAAGAUUGCUGACAACAAGGAUCGACAGGAUGCAGCCAGACAUGAUUUACAGAAUAAAAACAGAAAUCUUAGCUUUUACAACAUGCUUCAAACUGCGGAACAAAGAACACAGCAGUUUGAUGCACAAACAUUUGAAGAAGAUGACAAGGAAGUAAAGGAUGCCGCAGCUACAGGACAAAAGGAUAAUUCAAGAAAGGCCUAUUAUCGAGAGUUUAGAAAGGUGAUUGAAAACGCAGAUGUCAUCUUGGAAGUAUUAGACGCUCGUGAUCCUCUAGGCACACGUACACGUAGUGUCGAAAGAAUGAUUAUGGAUAGUGGGCUCAAUAAAAGAAUUGUGCUUGUGCUCAACAAGAUUGAUUUGGUACCCAAGGAAAAUGCUGAUCAAUGGCUAAAGUAUUUGCGUAACGAAUAUCCCGCUGUUGCCUUCAAGGCAUCUACUCAACAUCAACGUGACAAGUUGAAACAAUCAAAUGUAUCAACGAGUGCAGCCAGUGAAAGUUUAUUAAAUACAUCAGAGUGUUUAGGUGCAGAUGAUUUGAUUCGGCUACUCAAGAACUAUUGUCGUAAUUUGAAUCUAAAGACAUCAAUCACUGUGGGCAUCAUUGGCUAUCCUAAUGUAGGCAAGUCAUCAGUCAUCAAUUCGUUGAAACGAUCUAGAGUCUGUGGUGUAGGCGCUACGCCAGGAUUUACAAAAGUUGCACAAGAAAUCAGUCUAGACAAAAAUAUCAAAUUGCUUGACUGUCCCGGUAUCGUAUUUGCACAACAAGGUGACCAGAAUGAUGCCGAGAUUACACUGAGAAACUGUGUCAAGGUUGAGUUGCUUGAAGACCCCGUGACACCAGUGGAAGUUAUCUUGAAUAAAUGUGGUAUUGAGCAACUAAGAAAGACAUAUAGUCUGUCAUUCUUUAGUAAUGUUCAUGAAUUCUUGGUUUUAUUAGCACAGCAAAGAGGCAAAUUAAAAAAGGGCGGUAUUCCGGAUGUUGAACAAGCAGCAAAACACGUCCUGAAUGACUGGAAUAGUGGAAAGAUACCCUUUUAUAGUGUUCCACCUUCUACUAAGCAAAGUCAUAUUGAAGCAUCUGUUGUGAACAGCUGGGGACAAGAGUUUAAUAUUGAUAAUAGUACGAUGGACAUGUCAAUAGAUUAA